AUGCUCGGCUCCAGGCUCGUGUUUCGCUGCUUCAAAGCCUGCGAGCGGCUAGGAGAUCGAAUAACAGGCGCCGCGGGCCCAUUCUUCGUCGCCUUCGCGGUCAUACUGACCGGCCUCGGGUCGGCCUGCUUCUUCACAAUCCUCCUCCCCACCCUCUCGUAUCCGUUCCUCACGACCCCAAUAUGCAUCCUCAUUGCCCUCAACAUGCACGGACACUACUUCCUUGUCACCCGCGUACCCCCGGGCUUCGUUAACCCCGACCACCGUUCAACUCCACCGCCGCAAGGUCGAGGAGGCAGCAGCAAGGAGGCGCGAAAGUACGUCCUUCAUCUGCUAAGUACUUGUCGCAUGCUAACGAGAACCAGCGCGCGCACCAUUGUCGGAUAUGCAACCGCUGCGUCCUCAAAUACGACCACCAUUGUCCUUGUUCGUCUCGCAUUCUGCCACUUCCACCUCUCUCACAGCUACCCAGGGAUAAACCAAUGCGUGGGGCUGCACAAUGAGCGGCAUUUCGUCCUUUUCAUGGCCUACCUCGUCAUUGGAUGUGUGGCCUUCUGCUAUGCUGGUUGGGAGACGGUUCUUAGGGCAUUAGGCUUUGGAGACCGGGACUGGAUGCACUGGGACCACACCAUUCCCUCCACGAUCUUCCUUCUCAUCUACAUCCUCGCCGCCGUCAUGUCGCUCGCAGUGGGUAUUAUGGUCGGCUUCCAUCUCCGUACUGUCGCCAACGGGGAGACCACCGUGGAGAGCCAGGACAACGACGUCUACCGCAAAAUGGCGAAGAGCCGCGCAGAGGCUUUCGUCAACUCGUACGACCUAGGGAGUGGGCUGAGGAACAUCGCGCUGUUCUUCAAUGUCGCCAUCGGCAAGCAUUCCCCGUCUCCUGCCCCAUAUCCGCUCUACUCUCUUUUCCUCCCAAUGCGGAUACAGCCGUAUACUGAUGGUUGGUCCUGGGCACGACGAGAUGGAUACGAGCAGGGCCAUGCUGGUGUCAGGAGGGGAGAAGAGCUCACAGACGAUGAUGAAGAGUUUCCUGGAUCCGAGCCCUAG